AUGCGGCACUCAUCUUUUGUUACUAAUAGCGCUAUCCCUCCGACUCCAACCAUCAUUGUCUCUGAACCAGUGGUACGGUCCCCAACACUGGAAUCCACAGAGGAACGCUUGCGCAAGGAACUCGAACUGGACAAGAAAGAUGCCGAGUAUGAGUUUUCUCGUUAUGAAGAGGCAGGUAUACUACUUGAAGCAGCUGAACGCACAACCGAUGUCAUUCGUUUAUGGGAGCAAAAAGAACAUACUAUAUUUCCACUUUUAUUCCAUGUCGCUAUGGAUGUCCUGCCUGCUCAAGCGCUCAAGCUUCAUCAGUGA